UUCCACAUCCCUCUGGUAUACACACAAACCAGGGUCCAAUUGGCUCCGUUCCACGGACUCGAUGACAGUAUUCCAAAUUGUGCUCCUUGGCUGACCGCGGCUGAGCACAGGGCUGAGCCUGGACUCGGAUCUUAAAGGCCUGACGUCCAUCUCAUCCACAGUCAAGCAACAGUCAAGCACCAGCACAAUGUUGCCAGAAGCCCAGUCCAAGUUCAGACCCCGCCGCCGCCAUCGCAAGUCGCGCAAUGGCUGUCUUGAGUGUAAACGGCGGAGAAUCAAGUGCGAUGAAAUGAAGCCCUCGUGCUCGCGAUGUGUCUUGACGAUGCAGAAAUGCAUCUAUCCACCAACGUCGCCCACAUCGCAGCCCCAGGGAGAGGCCCCUGAAGCGCGCGAUGAUCGUGCCUUGUCUCUCCCAACUCCCAGUCCGCGAUUCAUAUCGUCAUCGCCGUCCCCGUCGCAAGAGCAGCGGCUGUCACCGCUGCCUCAUGUCGAGCCUAGCCAGCACUUCAGCUACGACACGUCAGACACGGGAUUGUAUCACCACUAUCUGCAGCAUACGAGCCGCACGUUGACAGACAACCCGCGGGAUCUCCAUGCCCUGCAGAUAUGUCUGCCUACUCUUGCGUUGCGCAGUAAAACCGUCUUCCACUCUAUCCUGGCUGUCUCUGCGGCCUGUAUGUGCUACGACAUGAUCAACCUAGAGUUUCCCCCUGAUGUCGGGACGGUCAGCUACGUCUUGAUGACGGGAUAUCGACACUACAAUCUCGCCAGUGAGCGGUUGCGAGAGUUGAUCUCUAGGCCGAGUGCAUCUAAUGCAGAGCCUCUACUGGCAGCUCCUCCGUUGCUGGUCCCUUUUGUGACUUGUAGCCAGCAGAUCAGCCACUGGGUCUCUAGUAGGACGGAUGGCCAUUCUUCGCCAAAACUUCUAUCCACUACGCCUAGAGAUGUUAUAAUAAUAUCUCAGGUUAUAAGAGCAACAAUACGUGAAUUAGAAGCGGAUACCUCUCCUAUCACAACCCCCCAGUCCAUCAACACUGAAGAAAUCGACUCCAUGGACGAGAUACCAACACCACCAUCAAAGCCUCCUCCAUCCCACAGCCACCCCAUGUUCCAAGUCAUCUCCUCCACCAGCCAACGAGCCUUCUCAAAACUCCAAGACCGCAUCAACUCAGCCAUCUUCUACUCCUCCACACCCAAUCCAUCCCUCUCCGCCUGCUCCGAAGCAUUCACUGUCCUCGAAACCCUCCGCUCAGCCGUCUUCCCAUCCCCAGGCUCAACCGCUCCGGCUCUCCCACCGUCAAUGACAACAAUCCCAACCCUCCCCCAAGUCCCCCGCUGGCUGCACGCCUUUACAGCACGCCCUUCAACGCCUUCCCCAACAGAACACAUGACCCGGCCGUUCUUGAGCUUCUUCAUCGAAACCCCACAGGCAUAUCUAGACCUCGUCCUGCCGCUCCUAGAUAAACGCCUGCAAGGGCCAAGUCCGCAGCAGAGUCCGGCCGUCGAUCCACCUACUGAUCCAUCUCUCGACCCAAGUUUGGUUUUAGGGCUUGGAUCAGAGCUAAGCAUCGAACAAGCACUUGCGCUGGAUAUCUACGCGCACUGGUCUGUGCUGAUGUUUUUGGUCAGUGAGGAGAGCUGGUGGAUUGGGAAUCUGCCUGAUAUUACUCUGAACGGAAUGGUGAAUCGGUACGGGGAUGACUUUGUGCGAAAGUGGUUUCCUUCUGGGAGUGCAGGUGGGAGGGGGGAGGAGGAGUGGUGGCCUGGGGGGAUGAUGAGUGUUGCGAGGGAGAUUGGAAGGUUUCGAUGAUUAUACUGUAUAUUGGCGUAGUGGGUUUAAAAGCGGAGCGUGCUUUUUGUGCUUGUUGUUUUGUUUUCUUGGAUGGUUCAUGUAUACCAUAUGAAUUAUGAUUAUAUUAUACCAAU